AUGCCUCCAAAAGCAAGAAAGGAAUCAUUAGUACUGUUAAUAAAUAUUGGAAUGACAAGUCCAAAUAUAGAAUGUAAUCCUUCUUCAUUGGAAAAAGCAAAAAAUAUUGUAAAGCAAAAAAUUGAGAAAAUGAUUUUUUUAAGACCAAAAGAUGAAGUUGCAAUAAUAUUGAUGGGCUCAUCGGUUACAAAAAAUAGUUUGAAUACAGAAUAUGUAGAAGAAUUUAUGGAUUUCCAGGUUCCAAAUUGGGAUUUGAUAAAGAAAUUUAUGAUUUUAAAACCUACAAAACAUUGUUCUAAUUGGAUUGAAGCACUUUAUGCUACAGUAGAAUUUAUGACACAAAAUAUUGUUGAUAUUUCGACAAAAAGAAUCAUUUUAAUGUCUGAUUUUAAUGAAGAAGCAGAUAUUAUUUCCCAAUUUCAAGCAGAUGCAAUUGCAAAUAAACUUUCUGAAAAACAGAUUCAAUUAAUUACAAUAGCAGAGGACGAACUAUAUGGGAAGUCUUCAUCUUCUCUGAAAAUUAGUGAAGUACUUCUUAAAGAUGUUCAUCAGAAGAUUAAUGGGCAACAUACAACAUAUGAUAAUGCUUUAACAAGUUUAAAAUUUUAUCUAAGAACACCAGCAAGACCGUGUCCUUCUUAUUUUAAUCUAGAAUUAGUUGAUAAAAAAAUACCAAUUGCCAGUUAUGUUAAAAUAGCUGAAGAAAAAUUUCCAACAUGGCAAAAGGCCAAAAAAAAUCAAAAGCUUGAGCGGAAAACAGAAUAUUUAGACAGACAAAGAACGUUUUAUACAAAGGAUGAGAUUGUAAAAGGAUACAAGUAUGGAGGAACUUCUAUUCCAGUUGAAAAAAAACUGGAAGAGGAUAUGAGUUAUAAAAGUGGAGUGCAAAGUUAUAGAAUUUAUGGUUUUACGGACAGAAAUAAUAUUGAUUUAGAAUAUUUAUACAAAAGUGCAACUCACGUUAUUUUACCUGCAAGUGGAAUAGAUAAUGUAAUAAAACCAUUUUAUAGUUUAGUACAAGCAAUGCAUGAAACAAAUUCAGUUGCUAUUGUGAGAAAAGUUCAUAGAAAUAAUAGCAUACCUAGAAUGGUUGCAUUGUUUCCCUGCAUUAAUGUACCUGAUGAACCAUGGUGUUUGAUAGAAAUAGAAUUAGCUUUUGCAGAAGAUCGAAGAGUAAUGGAGACAAGACCCAUGAAGUCCAUAGUUAAACAAUUGUCAAGUGAACAAAAUGAAGCUAUAGAUAAUUUAAUAGAUUCUCUGAUGUUAUCUGAUUCAGGAGACACUUAUGAGGUAGAUGGAAACCAACAUUUUCUGCCUGGAUGUGUGCCAAAUCCUGCAGUACAGCAUAGAUGGCAUAUGUUAUCAUAUCGUGCUCUUAACCCAAAUAAACCAUUACCACCUAUGGAAAAUUAUUUAAAUGAAAUUUUGGAAGCUCCAAUGAUAAAAGAAAAAAGUAAAUUCCAUCUGCAAAAAAUUGCACAACUAUUUCAAUUAAAAAAUAUAGAGCCAAAGGCGAAAGGAAGUGAAACAAAAGACAAUAUAUUAAUCAAUGAUAAUAUAAAUACCAACGAGUCUAAUAAAGUAGAAGACAUAAUUGAUGAUGAUAAUAAUUCAUACAAGGAAGAAUCAGUUUUGUCUAUGGAUACCUCAGAUAUUGACCUUGAUGAGCUUAGUUACACAAUUGUACGAAUACUGUUAGUCCAAUGCUUUUGGUACAUCCUGUAUAACAUAACGGCACUCACUUUCUGGGCCUGCGAGGAGCGCAAAUCCGCUGCAGCCUUAGUUAACGAAGAGACGCCGUCUCGCGUGGGUCAACAGGUGCUCUUACCCGUGCAAAACGCGUUCACCAGCAUGGGAACCGUAUAUACCUGCAGUGUGGUAGCUAUGCUCGUUGCACUUCUUCUGACGGCGCAGGCUGGUGAUAUGAUGCGUAAGAGUAUCGUUUUCGAUAAGAACACUCCAAAUGUGUUCUAUUGUCCGCAACAGAAACCGACUGGCUUUGAGAAGAUGAUCGUGAACGCGAAACCGUUGUCAAGGCUCUGCCAAUUCGAGGGGAAACCGAUCCCACCCGAUUACAAGAGCGAUUGCUAUAACGAUGUGGAUGAGACCGAGUAUGCGUGCAAAGAGAAGUACAGAAUCAUGAUGCGACUACAUCCACCAGGAAGUGAUACACCAUAUAAUGGUUCACGUUUAUCGAGGUUCCUAGCUUUUGAUAAAGAUAUGCACAAAAAAAGAAAUCAAAUCAAAGAUAGUAAUUAAUUUUUUGUGGUACUUUCUUAGCACAACUUUUGGCAAAUAUUCUAA